GCUGGUGGUGGUGCAAUGGUGUGGGGGAUAUUUUCUUGCCACACUUAGGGCCCAUUAGUUUAAAUUGAACAUCAUGUCAAUGCCACAGCCUACCUAAGUAUCGUUGUUGACCAUGUCGAAGGUUUAAGGCAGUAAAGUGGGUCCAAGCCAGUACUAGUAAGCUGUACCUAAUAAAGUGAGUGUAUAUCAGCAAUGCAAUUACUUCAAUUUUCAUGACAGUUAGUCGUACCAUCUUGUAAGUUGUUGUCAGUAAGUUGUUGUCUUGUAAGUUUUUAUUUUCAGUCUAGAAGUAUGUGAAGCAUCUUGUUCCCUGAUGUGAAAGGGUGUGAUCUGACACAAAAAGGCCUAAAUAAACACUACACCGCCAUUGUUUCAUCAGCAAAGUGUAUACUUAAUAGUCUGACAUACUAGUCUGACUACAGCAGGUGAAUCAUGGCUUCAGCUCUGUCUCUUUACCUCAUGUGUCCGGUGUGUCUGAGUGACUUCAAAGUUCCAGUAAGUUUGCCCUGUGAACAUGUUCUCUGUCGGCAGUGUGCUUCCAGGUAUUUAGAAUCCAGCAAAGGACCUCAUAAAUGCCCAGAAUGCAGACAAAACUUCACCAGGACGGAUCUUAAAGGUAUUCGAGUUCUGAGAAAUGUUGUGGACGCCAUACAAGAACAGCGUAAGAAAAAGCAAUUGAUUCAACCGAACGCAGAGGAAAUGCUGUGUUCUGAGCACAAGGAGCCGCUUAAACUUUUCUGUGUCAAUGACCAGAGAUUAGUUUGCCUCAUCUGCAAAGAGGGAAUGAAACACAGCGGACACAGUUUCAAACCUGUAAAGGAAGCUAAGGAGAUGAGUGAGAAAAUGGUGAACAAAGCAUUGAGUUUUAUUUUAGAUGACAACAAGCAAAUGGGUGACAUGAUCCUGAAUCAGACGCUUGAAAUCACAAAAUCCAAGGAAAGGGCCAAACAUCUUGAGACCCUUAUGCAUGCUCAGUUUAAGAAAAUGCAUGACUUCUUGUUGAAAAAGGAGGAGGAUGCAAUGAGACAGAUCCAGAAAGCAGCAAACAGUGCUGAGGAAUCAAUGAAGCAUAAUGGGUCGUUGUUGUCAAAGUUGCAAAUAAAAGGAAACAGCCAGGUGUCCAUAUUGGAGUCAGGACUAAAGAUAAACCAGCCAGAGAGGUUUUUAGAGUGGUGGAGUAAAGACGGGUUUCCUUUGGUUAAUGAAAUCAGCGAGAGCAAAAACAUCAAGUUUGCCAUUCCAACCAAAUUUAAGUCGAAACAUGAUGGCGUUCGAGUGAUUUGUGACCAUUUUACCCUUGGGCCUUAUGAAACUGACCUUCCGCUCAUGGUUUGGCGAGACAUGCUGGGUCCUGUUAAACGAGACCUAUCAGAUUCAUCUACAAUGGACAAAGACCUAAAACUUGCUUUCAAAAAGGAGAAUCAUCUGCAGCCUCAAGGCGAAGAUUACUUUGCCAGAUUCCAGAAAUUUCACAACGGUUACAGGGAGAAUUAUGUGGAGAGCAUUCAGCCGGGUCAGGUGUACUGGGAGGUCGAUAUCGAAGCUGAACCAGGAUGGGAACGAGGACUUACUGUUAGAUAUUACCCAAAAGAGAAGAACACAUCCCUCUGGCAGACAUUAUUUAACAAAGGUUUUGAGAACAUUUCUCUUUCUGUAAAAAAUGGUCGACUGUAUGCUGUAAGAGGUGAUAAAGAAACCCUAAUCGCCAACCAGACUAAACCCCGCAGAGUCGGGGUUUACGUGGACAGUGUGAAACACCAGGUUGUGUUUUGCAAUGCAGACAGUAUUUCUCUCAUUCACACAGUGUGGUGUGGAGAUCAAUAGUUCUUCAUUAUAAAUCAAGGAUAUUUACAUCUGCUUUGAAUUAUGAGGGGCAUUCAUGAAUCAUUUAUAGUAAAAAAAUAUAUAUAUAUUUUUUUUUUAUCAUCCUGUUAAUUGUUGUACAUGGUAAAUAAAAUA